CGACUUUCUUCGAUCGUCAGUGCGCAUGCGUUAACUGUGUCAGUUGGCCGAUUGAAGUGGUUCACUCUCUCUAAUAAUAACCUUAAAAUAAUAAUUAAAUUGUGAAUUAAAUAAACAUGGGACACUACGGGUCUUUAGAAAAAUUGGGACUAGCGUUCCUAAUAGGUUUACUGUUCUAUAUAGUAAAAUGUUUCGUAAAUGUGGUGUAUACUUAUAUUAUCGGACCAGCAGUGAAUAAAGUGGAUUUUAAAUCUAAAGGAAAGUGGGCACUGGUCACUGGCAGCACUGAUGGUAUUGGAAAACAAUACGCGAUUGAGUUGGCUGCACGAGGCUGUGAUAUAAUUCUAGUCAGUCGUUCUAUUGAUAAGUUGAAAGCAACUGCCUCUGAAAUAGAAAACGACUACAAAGUAAAUACCAAAAUAAUUCAAGCUGAUUUCGGCGACGAAGGAAUUUACGACAAAAUUUCCAAAGAAAUAACUGAUCUUGAAAUAGGAACCCUAGUCAAUAAUGUUGGUAUUUCGUACAGCUAUCCAGAGUAUUUCACAGAAAUCCCUGAUUGGGAGCGUAGCAUAUCAACCAUGAUCAAGGCCAACAUGGUAUCCGUGACACGGAUGACGGGUAUCGUCUUACCCGACAUGGUGAAGCGUGGUAAGGGCGUCGUCAUCAAUAUCGGAUCCGGGUCGUCGGUUAUACCCAGCCCUCUGCUCACUGUAUAUGCUGCUUCUAAGGCUUACGUAGAUAAAUUCUCUGAGGGGCUUGACAUGGAAUACAGCAAAAAGGGCAUUAUAGUACAGUGCGUUCUGCCCGGUUUCGUCUGUUCGAAUAUGUCUGGUAUUCGCAGGAGCACUUGGAUGGCUCCAACCGCAAAGACCUUCGUCAAAUCUUCUAUUAGCCUUGUUGGUACAACGUCUAAAACAACGGGAUACUUUCCACACGCUGUUUUCGUGAAUACCAUUAAUUUGAUAUAUGCAGCAUACGCAAGAUUCGCUGUCUGGUUGAUUACCAGGUCUAUGGAGAACACACGCAGGAAGGCCCUGAAAAAGUACAAAAAUAAAUAAUUCCUCUCUAUUCUGAGUUACAUGCUGCCAAUGACAUGCUGUGGGUCGAAUGUAGUAACUAAGGUUGAAUAUAGCACUAAAACUUAACUUCAUUCCAGAUAGAAGAAAAAGGGGAUCUUUAUUAGUAACAAGUUUCAUGGCAUGUUGUUGGUUCCGUACUAAUGCUACUUGCCUUACAAUUAUUUAUUGUUUAGCGUUCUAAGAUUAGAGCCCGUUUGGUGACUUGGGACAAAUCUAGGCUAUGUCAAUAUAAUUUCAUGUACAUAUUGUGUUCUUAUGAUCCCUUCACAUAGCAGGCUGUGUAGAAUAAUUUAUACUUACGCAUUUAAUGAUUUAUUUACUGGUGUAAAUGCCAUAUUAUGUUUGCUUGUAUGUUUGGUUGGGAUUGUGUAAUUUAUUAUAAUUGCAAUAAAAUUGGUGACAAUA